AGCCAAAAAUUAAAAUAUCUUUCUUCAGUGUAAAUAAUGGAGGAUUUUGGUUGACCUGGCAUGGAGUUCCGCUAUCUCAGUUCGGAGUCUAUAUAAGGUGGACUUCUUGCAUUUUAAAUCCAAGCACAAGCCCAUGGCUUCCCUUCUACUUUCUUGCAGCUCCACCCCAACUACCACCACCACACCCACUUUCGUCACAGCCCCACCAGGUUUCUUAACCCAUAAUGCAAAACGAACCCGUCAAUUUAAUUUGUCGUGCAAGGCCAGAAAUGGUAACGAUGAGCAGAGAGAAUCUCCCGGAAAAGAGGAAACGUUCCAGGGUAAAUUCGACAGAAGAAAUUUGCUUGUGGGCAUGGGAGGCCUGUAUGGUGCGGCAAAUCUUGUUUCGGCUGAUUAUUCACCAGCAUUUGCGAGUCCAAUUUCAGCUCCUGAUCUCUCCAAAUGCACGAGAGGUACAAAUCUCAACACGCAGCAGCCAUUAGACGUGAAUUGCUGCCCCCCGCUGUCGCAGAAAAGCAUUGAUUACAAGCUCCCGCCAGUCACAAAGAUGCGCUUCCGCCCUGCCGCCCAUCUGGCUAGCCAAGAGUAUAUAGCCAAAUAUGAGAAAGCGGUUGAGCUGAUGAAGGCUCUUCCUGAAGACGACCCACGAAGUUUCAUGCAACAAGCAAAUGUCCAUUGUGCGUAUUGCAACCUCACGUAUGAACAAACGGGGGACCCGUCCUUGAGACUUCAAAUUCACAAUUGCUGGCACUUUUUUCCUUGGCAUAGAUGGUACUUGUUUUUCUAUGAGAGGAUCUUGGGCAAAUUGAUAGAUGACCCAACUUUCGGGCUGCCGUUCUGGAACUGGGAUAAUCCUCCCGGCAUGGUCAUGCCAAACAUGUUCGUAAAAAAGGAUUCUCCACUGUACAAUCCGCGGCGUAACCAGGACCAUCUGCCGCCGGCCACCACCGAUCUCAACUACGCCGGCAAACCCACCACCGAUCCCUCCAAGAUAAUCCCCAACAAUCUCACUGAAAUGUACAGCGAGAUGGUUCGGAACGUCUCGACGUUGGAGGACUUCUACGGAGCAAAAUACGUCACCGGAACUAAACCAGAUCCAGGGCCAGGGACGGUGGAGCGCGGAUCCCACACAGCGUUGCAUGUGUGGGUUGGACAGGCCACGCCCAGCGGAGAGGACAUGGGCAACUUCUACUCAGCCGGACGGGAGCCUCUUUUCUUCAGCCACCAUGCGAAUGUGGAUAGGCUGUGGUCGAUUUGGCGAGGCCUGAGGGGCUCGAAGCCGAAAGACUUCCCGGAGUCCGACUGGCUAAACGCAAAUUUCCUGUUUUACGACGAGAACGCACAGCUCGUGCGCGUCAAGGUUGGCGACACGCUGGAAAACCAGAAAAUGGGAUAUGUCUGGCAGGAGGUGGACCUUCCGUGGUUGAAGAACAGGCCGACGGCCCGCGUCAAGAAAUCCAAGGUUGCCACGACUUCGACUGCCCCCAAGGCGACGGAGACUGUUUUCCCGGUGAAACUCGACAAGGUCGUUAAAGUGUUGGUCGACAGGCCUAAGAAAUCCAGGAGCAAAAAGGACAAGGAAAAAGAAGAGGAAUUGCUAGUGAUCGACGGGAUAGAGGUGGACACCGCAAAAUUCGUGAGGUUCGAGGUUUACAUUAACGACGAGGACGACAAGGCAGAUGAAAUAAUCGACAAGGCGGAGUAUGCGGGAUGCUACUCUCAGGUGCCACACAAGAAUUCGACAAAGGUAACGAGUAAAAUCAGGUUGGGAUUGACAGAGCUGCUGGAAGAUUUGGAUGUUGAAGAUGAUGACAAGAUACUGGUCUCUUUGGUGCCAAGAGCCGGGGGCGAAGACAUUACCAUUGGUGGUAUCAAAAUCAUCUAUGCUUCCUGAUGACCAGUGCAGUUAUCUCAUAGUCAAUUUUUUCUUAGUAAUAUUAAUAAUCUUAAUGUGUGUUGCAUCAACAGUUCGUGCCAGUGAGAGGGUACCUUCUGCCAUUGCAUUUCUGUACAUGUCAAAUGAAGCAACUUGUGAGGUGUAUAAUUUAGAAAAAGUCUUUUCUAAUUUGAAUAAAAGUUUCUUCAUCCUAA